AUGAAUUCUUCUACUAUUUUUGUCUUUGGUGCCACGGGCACUCAGGGUGGUGCCGUCACCAAGCAUCUCCUCCAACGUGGUGCCAAAGUACGCACUAUUACCCGCAACCCGGAUUCUCCUGCAGCCCAAAAGCUUCAGUCGCUCGGUGUUUCCGUCGAAAAGGGCGAUUUAGAAAACGAAACGUCUUUGCGUGACAAUAUCGCCAAUUGCACCAGUCUGUUUCUCGUCCUCACGCCCAGCGAAGAGGAAAUCAAUCGAGCUCGAAGAGUUAUGGAAGUCGCAAAAAAGGCAGGCGUACAGCAAAUCGUCUACUCCAGUGGCGCUGGAAUAAACCGACUCGAAGAAUUUGCCCACUGGGACCCCAAUGCGUUCUUUGGUAAAAUGCUUCUAAGCAAGAAAACCAUUGAAGAAGAGGUUCGCAACGCUGGGUUCAAAUAUUGGACGAUAUUGCGCCCCGGAAACUUCAUGUCGAACUUUCUACCACCUCAUGUCCAUAUGUAUAAGGGCUUCCUCGAAAGUGGGAGAUUCACGACUGCUUGGACGCCAGAGACGCUUCUAGCUAUGGUUGAUCCGAACGAUAUCGGCAAGUUUGGUGCCACGGCACUUCUUGACCCUGUCAAAUUUCAUGAGAAGGAUAUCGAUCUUGCGUCAGAGCUCUUGGGCAUAGAGCCUACAAUUCAGAAAUUGGCUAAAAUCACUGGAAGGGACUUAAGGGUUGUUUUCCUGUCCCAAGAGGAGGUUGAAACCCAGUCUCAAGCCGAUCCCUUCAUUGGGAUUCAGCUUGUGAUGAGAGAUCAGGCACAAUUCGUUGACAUGAGAAAAGUCAAGUCUUGGAAUAUCGAUCUGGGAAAUUUUGAACAAUUUUUGGAGAGAGAGAAGGAUGAUAUUCUCAACACAUUUGCCCAGUAA